UCGGGAGGAGCCUGUCCACCGUGAGACAGCAUAUUCAGCCGGCGGCGGCGGUCCUGCUGCAGCGGCGGGCGGCACGGCUCGGUUCGGCUCGGCUCAGCUCGGCUCAGCUCGGCUCGGCAGGGCGCAGCUCCUGGCAGCAGCCCUUCAGUCCGCGGAGCAUCCCUCUGCUCCCCCGGCGGCGAGGCUCGGUGACCGCUGCAAGGCUCCGGGAGCCGCUCCGCAUCUCCCGGGCGCCGGCGGAGCAGAGUCAAAAUGUCAGACAAAAGUGAUUUAAAAGCUGAACUUGAGCGCAAAAAACAACGUUUGGCUCAGAUAAGAGAAGAAAAGAAACGGAAGGAGGAAGAAAGGAAGAAAAAAGAGGCUGAUCUACAGCAGAAGAAGGAGCCAGCUCAGGAAGAUUCUGACCUAGACCGUAAAAGAAGAGAGACAGAAGCUUUGUUACAGAGCAUUGGUAUAUCCCCAGAACCACCUCUAGUGCAGUCGCUGCAUGUGUUAACAUGGGAUACCUGUUAUUUUCAUUAUUUAGUCCCAACCCCUAUGUCUCCCUCUUCGAAAUCAGUGAGCACACCCAGUGACGCAGGCAGCCAGGACUCAGGGGAUCUGGGACCCAUAGGAAGGACCUUGCAAUGGGACACAGACCCCUCAGUGCUGCAACUCCAGUCUGACUCUGAACUUGGACGCAGACUGCACAAGCUGGGGGUAUCAAAGAUUACCCAGGUCGAUUUCUUACCUCGGGAGGUGGUAUCGUAUUCCAAGGAGACACAGACACCUCUGGCCACACAUCAGUCUGAAGAGGAUGAAGAUGAUGAAGAGAUGGUGGAGCCAAAAACACAGGAUGACUUAGAGACAGAAAAUCAAGACCAGAAACAGGAAGUGAAAGAAGCUCCUCCUAGAGAACUGACAGAAGAAGAAAAGCAACAAGUUCUCCAUUCAGAAGAAUUCCUGAUAUUUUUUGACCGCACAAUACGUGUAAUUGAGCGAGCUUUGGCUGAAGAUUCUGACAUCUUCUUUGACUAUAGUGGCAGAGACGUAGAAGAGAAAGAUGGAGAUGUUCAAGCAGGAGCCAACCUUUCCUUUAACCGGCAAUUUUACGAUGAGCACUGGUCAAAGCAUCGUGUGGUCACCUGCAUGGAUUGGUCUCUUCAGUACCCCGAAUUGAUGGUUGCAUCUUAUAACAAUAAUGAAGAUGCUCCACAUGAGCCUGAUGGAGUAGCCUUGGUGUGGAACAUGAAGUUCAAGAAAACCACACCAGAAUAUGUGUUCCAUUGUCAGUCCUCUGUGAUGUCAGUCUGUUUUGCUCGCUUUCACCCAAACCUGGUCGUCGGUGGAACAUACUCUGGCCAAAUUGUCCUGUGGGAUAAUCGCAGUCACAGGCGCACUCCAGUUCAGAGAACUCCCUUAUCUGCUGCUGCUCACACGCAUCCUGUGUAUUGUGUGAAUGUAGUUGGAACACAGAAUGCACACAAUCUUAUUACUGUCUCCACGGAUGGCAAAAUGUGCUCCUGGAGCCUGGACAUGCUCUCAACUCCACAGGAGAGCAUGGAGCUGGUGUACAAUAAGUCCAAACCAGUGGCGGUCACAGGAAUGGCUUUCCCAACUGGAGAUGUCAAUAACUUUGUCGUGGGCAGUGAAGAGGGAACAGUCUACACAGCCUGUCGUCAUGGAAGUAAAGCUGGCAUUGGUGAAAUUUUUGAAGGCCACCAAGGACCUGUCACAGGAAUCAAUUGUCACAUGGCAGUGGGUCCCAUAGACUUUUCCCAUCUCUUUGUCACAUCAUCCUUUGACUGGACAGUAAAAUUGUGGACCACAAAGCACAACAAGCCGCUCUACUCCUUUGAAGACAAUGCCGACUAUGUCUACGAUGUCAUGUGGUCGCCAGUGCAUCCCGCGCUCUUCGCCUGCGUGGACGGGAUGGGGCGCCUGGAUCUGUGGAACCUGAAUAACGACACCGAGGUUCCCACAGCCAGUGUCACCAUAGAAGGAGCGUCUGCCCUCAACCGUGUCCGCUGGGCCCAGGCUGGGAAGGAGGUAGCAGUUGGUGAUUCAGAAGGUCGCAUAUGGGUCUAUGAUGUUGGAGAGCUGGCUGUUCCACACAACGACGAGUGGACACGCUUCGCCCGGACCCUGGUGGAGAUCCGCGCCAACCGAGCCGACAGCGAAGAGGAGGGGGCGGUGGAGCUCUCGGCAUAGAGGGAGAGGAGCGGCCAGAACAGCAGCUUCCCCCGCCGAGUACGCCAGUGUUCAGUGUCAGAGUCAGUCUUGCUGUGGCUUUUGAUGCCAAUGUACAUGCCAGUAUUGCUCAAAGCAUUCCAUAUUAAUCACACUGCUUUACACAAGGCUGAAAAUAUCCAGAGCAUUUUCAUACUUUAUAUUUCUGUCUGAAAAGUAAGAAAGAAAAGACAAAUCAACCCUUUAUGGGUUUAGUUGUUGCCUUUUAACUACUUAGUAGCUGUAUUUAAUAGCUAGGAACCCCUGGUUAAACUUGUGCUCACAUUGCCCUUCUGGCAUAGUCCUAUUAAAUCCAUAUGAAGCCAGAUAUGAUUAUGUGCAGAUGUGGUGUGCUUCACUGUAUGGGACUGGGCCAAAGACUUUAGAUGUGGUGUAUCACAUGGUGACUUACAUUAUGAAUGGAUGUACUAUACGAAAGUUGCUGCUCCUUAUUUAUUGCGGUGUGCUGCAUGGAACAUAUUUAUUUGAAAGCAUUAAAAUAAACGAUCCUAAAGCAUGUGCAUAACGAGAGAACUGCAUUGUCUGUGUGCUGCUGUAGAGGUUACAUUAAAGUCCACGUAACAAUUACGGUACAUCAGUUGUGCUUAAGAUGUAAGAUCUAUAAAGGUUGGCUUGAGUGGAUGGAAUGAGUUCCCUUUCCUUUUUUUUAAGAUGCCUAUUAUUUCUAGGCACUUUAACUAUAUUUCAGAUACAGUUGGUCACUGAUACUUGUCGUGCAAGUUAACACUAAUAGUCUGACAAAGGGUCAUGGUUCCCAAGUAUGACACCAGUAUUGGCAAUAAAAUGUAUCAGGCCUGUUC